UGUUGUCUGUCACUCAGUAACUUCUCUUUCUCACUUACACACUCUCUCUCUCUCUCUCCAUUGCCUUGACUUUUGUGGUCAGUGGAAUAAACACAUAUAACCGCCGGAGAAAAUGGGAAGAGCGCCAUGUUGCGAGAAGGUCGGUAUCAAGAGAGGGCGGUGGACGGCGGAGGAGGACCAGAUUCUCUCCAACUACAUUCAAUCCAACGGUGAAGGUUCUUGGAGAUCUCUCCCCAAAAAUGCCGGAUUAAAAAGGUGUGGAAAGAGCUGUAGAUUGAGAUGGAUAAACUAUCUAAGAUCAGACCUCAAGCGUGGAAACAUAACUCCAGAAGAAGAAGAACUCGUUGUUAAAUUGCAUUCCACUUUGGGAAACAGGUGGUCACUAAUCGCGGGUCAUCUACCAGGGAGAACAGACAACGAAAUAAAAAAUUAUUGGAACUCUCAUCUCAGCCGUAAACUCCACAACUUCAUUAGGAAGCCAUCCAUCUCUCAAGACGUCUCCGCCGUAAUCAUGACGAACGCUUCUUCAGCGCCACCGCCGCCGCAGGCAAAACGCAGACUUGGGAGAACGAGUAGGUCCGCUAUGAAACCAAAAAUCCACAGAACAAAAACUCGUAAAACGAAGAAAACGUCUGCACCACCGGAGCCUAACGCCGAUGUAGCUGGGGCUGAUAAAGAAGCAUUAAUGGUGGAGUCAAGUGGAGCCGAGGCUGAGCUAGGACGACCAUGUGACUACUAUGGAGAUGAUUGUAACAAAAAUCUCAUGAGCAUUAAUGGCGAUAAUGGAGUUUUAACGUUUGAUGAUGAUAUCAUCGAUCUUUUGUUGGACGAGUCAGAUCCUGGCCACUUGUACACAAACACAACGUGCGGUGGUGAUGGGGAGUUGCAUAACAUAAGAGACUCUGAAGGAGCCAGAGGGUUCUCGGAUACUUGGAACCAAGGGAAUCUCGACUGUCUUCUUCAGUCUUGUCCAUCGGUGGAGUCGUUUCUCAACUACGACCACCAAGUUAACGAUGCGUCGACGGAUGAGUUUAUCGAUUGGGAUUGUGUUUGGCAAGAAGGUAGUGAUAAUAAUCUUUGGCAUGAGAAAGAGAAUCCCGACUCAAUGGUCUCGUGGCUUUUAGACGGUGAUGAUGAGGCCACGAUCGGGAAUAGUAAUUGUGAGAACUUUGGAGAACCGUUAGAUCAUGACGACGAAAGCGCUUUGGUCGCUUGGCUUCUGUCAUGAUGAUAUUGAUUGAUCCGUUAUGUAAUCUUUUUUGUGCAUUCACAGUUUGAAUCUAUUCCACGUCGUAUCAUAUCAUAAAGUUUAGGAUCUAAAUAUUAGUCCAUUAGUUAAAAUUAUCUAAUGCAAUAAAACCCAUGGGAUGUUUGGAUUGUACGUAAGGUUAAAAUAUUGCAGUCUUUGCUUUAGUGGAAGAAUUAAACUAAUAUGAUGUUUUUCUUUGUAACGUAUUUACUAUUUUCAUGUAAUUUAAUAAAGAGGGUACGAAAUGUAGGUGUACAUUUGUUUGGGCUGUAUAUAUUUCUAUUGACAUUAAAUACGCCAAAUUAGAAAAGAAAAUCUUUAGUUGGAAGCAUCU